GGUUCUGCACUGAAGCGACUACUGGCAGAAUACAAGCGUACGUAGCUCUCGUACUUCGCCUCACGGGCUAGCAGUUACCGUUUCCUAUCGCUCUAUUUACACAGAGUUGACGCUGAACUCUCCCGAGGGAAUAGUGGCCGGUAAGACAGUCAUUAGCUUGUACUCACGUGACUCAGACGUUUAGCUAUGGAUUUUUUCUGGAGGACCCAAAUCAGAGGAAAACUUCUUUGAAUGGGAGGCACUUAUCACGUGAGCCUCUACCUACAUAGCUAGCUGGUUAGUACGUUAGUAUUGCUGCCGUAAAAUACGAUUUUUCAUGCCUCACCUCUCGAUCAAAAAGGGGACCAGAAGACUGUGCAUUUGAAGGAGGGGUCUUUGUCACGGAACUCAUCUUCCCUACUGACUAUCCUCUCAGUCCACCCAAAAUGAAAUUCGUCUCGGAAGUGUUCCAUCCAAACGUGUAUCCGGAUGGUCGUGUUUGUAUCUCUAUUCUCCACACACCGGGGGACGAUCCUCUGGGAUACGAGACCGCUGCAGAGAGGUGGAGCCCGGUGCAGAGCAUUGAGAAGAUUCUGCUGUCGGUCGUGAGCAUGCUGGCCGAGCCAAACGACGAGAGUGGUGCAAACAUCGACGCUUGUAAGAUGUGGAGAGACGACAGGUCACAGUUCAACGCAGUGGCUCAGAAAUUGGUCCGGAAAUCACUAGGACUUUGAACUUCCAGCUAACAAUCUUUCACCGUGUAUAAUUUCAAAACCAAAACACCUUUCUUUUAUUGAUCAAUGCUUACAAAAGUUAUGAACACAAAGGAGCUGGCUGUGUUGUAAUAUAAUUUCAAAACCCAACACCUUUCUUUCAACGUUAAACACAAACUUUAUGAGGAGUAUAUGAUAUAACAGUGCAAACUCAAAUGGUGACUUAUUCAAAGCAACAAACGAUAAGAAAUUGGAGAGUGAGAGGGGAGGGAGGGAGGUACAUGAUUGCUA